CUGCUCGCUCCUUACAAUCUGCAAGAAUGCCGCCAGAAUUGAUUCCCGAUGAUGAUGAGUAUGCCUCAGAGGAAGACUCCGACUUCGCCCCCGAUGCAGUACCCGCGCCGGACGCAGAAUCCUCAGACGAUGAAUCAGAUGCAGAAGAAUCAGCGGCGGUAGCAAAACCGACACAACCGAAGAAAAGGAAAAGAGGAGACGAUGAGGAGGCAGAAGAUCUGGGGUUCGAGAACUCAGGAGAUGAGGCGAUCAUGAAGGAGGGCUCUAAGGCGCGGCGGAAGAAAGGAAAGAAGAGCAAGGAGGAUCUGGAAGACGAGGGGGGUGAAGGAGGAUUGGUGAAGACAAGGAGUAUGAGGGCGCAGGAAAAAGUUGAAAAGAAACCUCUUGUUAGCACAGCUGCAGCAACAAUCGAUGUCGAUUCCGUUUGGGAAGCGAUGAUAUCUGGGAAACCAGCCGCGCCAGAGCCCAAACCCACCAUCGAGCCAACCUCCCUCCUUUCUCCGAACGGUUCUGCGAGUCCCGAAACCAGACGAACGACCGUAUCAAUACCUAAUGGUACGAUAGAGGCAUCUCGGUCGCCGAGCACAUUGAGCGAUGGCCCCGAUUCCAUGAUCAUGAUCAAACGAACCUACAACUUCGCAGGGAAAGUCCACACAGAACAAAGGCUUGUUCCUCGUAACUCUGCAGAAGCAAAACUCUAUUUGGCAACCAAUCCACCGCCUGGCGCCGCGCCAGCAUCAGCUGCACCAGAAGCAGAAGACUCGCUCUUCACAAAACCGAAACGGCCUUUGAAGAAAGCUCGGAGGUCAAUAUUUGAACCUGUGAUUGAGCUACCGCCGAGGACAGAUCUAUACUUCGGCACCCGGAAGCAGAGUGACCUUACACUGGUGGGUGCACAGGCAAAAGUCAAGAAGUUUAAUACCGUGGAGAAGAGUGCGAUGGACUGGGCAGGCUUUGUGGACAAGGAGGGCAUUGCGGAUGAGUUGGAUGCUGCUGGGAAGAGUAAGGGCGCCUAUAAGGCAAGGCAAGAGUUUUUGGCUAGAGUGGAGGCAAAGAAAGUGGAGGAUGAUAGGAGGGCGAGAGGUUUACCUGCUCUGCUAUAGGAGGAGGUGACCUCGUGUACGAUUUUACGACUAUUACUUAAUGAAUAAGGAAGUUCCAAUAUUGGACCUAGGAAUCUGACGAUCCUAUUUCAAAAUAGUCUUCGGCGGCACUUUUGCUCCGGAUUUCUCUCCCAUCGAGAUAUCUCUAGAACCUCGUUAUCACACAGACAUUCCUGCCAUCACAUUCUACCAUGGACAGCAUCAGUCAGAUCCUGACAACCCCCGAUCGCCCAUCGAGGAACUUCAAAACACUUCUGGCCAGAUUUCCAACUAUAAUGGUCACCAUACUGCCCCCCUAGCCUGUGGCACCUUUAUGGUGUUCUUACAACUCCCGCUCGAGCUCAGAUAUCAAAUUUGGAAGCACGUAGCAUUUCACCCACGCAAGGUCAAUCUCGGUGGAGCUUUCUUCAGAUGUGAGAGUCACAAUCCAAGUCAAAGCAAUAUGCAUGCUUCCAUUGAGUCCUGCAAGGAUUCUCGUGCAGAAGUCCUGAGGUGCUAUGUGCUUGUCGACGAGCCUACAUACGAAAGUCACAACUUGGAUGUGUCAUCACCCUAUUGACUUGAUCGAUGCGUCUUCGGCUAGAAUAUAUGUUCACACGAGUCCAUGUGUAGCUUCGAGGCAAUGAAUUUGCUGGGAAUUCCAUUCUCAAGCCCAAGUAUGUGAAGUCCAGAUGAACUGCAGGCUGCUCGCUUAAUACCUGUCUCGGUUGCGGAAAUCAACAUGGCACUUUCCUAUAUUCUCGCUUGUUCCCUCAUUUUCCUCCAGGCUAAUGAGUUAAUCGAAACACUGGAGUGGAAUCCUAGAAGUAUAUGUUAUUGCAAUCCAGCGGACUAUCAUUCUGACAAACUGUGACUGCGUGCUUUGUAUUUGUAUGCGGGGUCGGUAAUUGAAAGGAAGACUGUAAAUGGGACUUCUGGCUGUUAGAAGUAUUUUUCAGUACAGUGAAAGAGGAGUCAAGAGAUGAGAAUUUGCUUGAAAUGGACAUGGUGUGGCAAAGCUGUCACUUUUGACAGUUUGUGAUUCUCCUCGAUGCAUGUGGGUUGUUCAAGUUGCAUCAAGGUCGUGAGUGGAUUGUAAAACAUUACCUCAAAUACUUAGCAUGAGUCAUCAAAGUCGAG